AUGCAGGACCGGAGGCUGUUUGCUCACAUCAGCAAUGGCUCAGAGGAAACUUUGGUCUUCUCGCGGAAGCUUCCCCCGCCUGGCACCAGGGCAGUGUACUUUGCCCUUCAGGGCGGUACACAAGUCACUCCUGCAAAUGUCCAGGACUGUCUCCACACCGGCUUCAUCGGCGGCGGCAACUUGCUGCAAGAUCUGCUGCAGUUAGUAAGCGGCCUGACAGGAACGCCUGCCCAGACCGCGACUUGGUCCCAGAACGCUCAGAAGGAGUUCCAAGGUCAACUGCAGGCGCUGCUUGCGGAUCUGACAGAGGCAGUCCACCUGGCAGAGGGCAGGACGCGAUUGUUUAUUCCCACAGAACCUCUGCUGGCUCUCACAGCCGCCCUGCAGGACAAGGCUCUGGUCCAAAGAAUGGAGAGUAUUCUGCUGCACUGGACACGGCAGGUGAAGCACGUGGUGAGUCAGCAGGGGGAGGGUGAGUCAUCAGGGGGCGUCGGGCCGCUGGCAGAGAUCCAGUUUUGGCACCGCAGGGGCGAUGACCUGGCAGGCAUCCGCACCCAGCUGGACUCGCCAGAAAUCACGCGAGUGGUGGAGCUUCUAACAUUGAGCGGCUCUUGCUACCUGUCGGGCUUCCUCUCUCUGCGCGCAUCGCUCGACCGCGAAGCCGCCACCGCCCAGUCCAAAGUGCAGUUCAUGUCCGUGCUCGAGGAGCCCUGCGCCGCCCUGGAAAAGGCAGCGCCGCAUGAGAUAGCGGGCAUGCUCCCGCACAUAGCCGGCCGGCUGCGGCUGCUGUGGAGCUUGAGUCCCUUAUUUGGCAUAGCCGAGCGCAUGACCAGUCUCCUGAGGCGCUUCUGCUCCCAGAUAAUUGCAGUUUGUACCCGUGCCAUAUCCGUCGCUGAUGCUCUUAGCGGUGACGUGGACGCCGUGAUCAGAAAACUGCAGAUCAUCGCCAUCUGCACACAUGCAAUCUCAGUUGCUGAUGCGGUCAGCAGUGACGUGGACGACGUGAUAAAAAAGCUGCAGGACAGCAUAGAUGCAGCGGCAAGCUGGCAGGCAGUGUGCAGGAAGACAGCUCACUCCAUCACCUUGGCAACCCCCGACCACCCUUGGGAUUUAGAGCCUGCCGCUGUCUUCGCGCAGCUUGAUAUCUUUCAGCAGCGGUGCCGGAACCUGAUGGAUGUGUGUUUGGACCGCAAGCAAUUUGGCGCAGAAGUGCCGCUGCCGGCUUUUGGCGGGACCAGCGGAGCUGAAACACACAAGGCCCUGCAGGACAUCCAGGUGGGUUUUGUAAAAGCGGCGCAGAAGCUUCAAAUGCUGGCCUACAGCCCCCUGGAUGUGAAUGACAGCAAAUGGACAGAGGAUUUUGCAGCCUACACAACAGCGCUCGGAGUGCUUGAGAGGAAAUUCGCGGCGGCUGCCGCCGCGGCGAUUGAGCGUGCCGGCUCGUUGCAGACUUGCAUGCAGCUAAUCAUGGCGUUCAACGGCAUGGCAAAGAGGGCGCCACUCAAGAAAGCAAUGGCGCACCACGAGAGGGGUCUCUUCAUUGCCCUUGACGCAGAGAACGCCGCUCUAGCCCGGGCCCUGGAACAGAUCCGAAAAGAUCUGCAGCUGCCAAGAAGUGCCACGCAGCCGAGAUUUGCCGGGGCGGCUGCGGCCGCCGCACGCCUCACGAGACGCGCCACUGCCACAUGGGAUGCCAUGCAGGCAUACCUGCCUGCACUGUUGGAGUCGCCAGAGGGGCUGUCAGCAGCACAGGCGCACGCAGCGUUACUCACAAGCCUUCAGGCGUUCACGAGCGCUGCUCAUGCGGAGUGGUACCAGAGCAUCGAGCCCGGGUUGGCAGACCGCCUGAAGAAGCCCCUGCUUAAGCAGGACAAGAGUGCGGGUGGUGUGUUGAGCAUGAAUACAGAUCCGAUCAUCCAAGAAGUCCUAGAGGAGACUCUGGCUUGGGAGCGGCUGAGAUUGAGUCUGCCGUUUCCGGCGGCCGAGGUGGCGGGGCAGAGGGAACGCCUUCGCAAGACGCGCAUCAAUGUCGCCGCAGUUGCGCGCAGCUACAACAAGGUGCUUGGAGGCUUGCAGCGGAGCGAGCGGCGGCUGUUUCAUGACCGGCUGCGGCAGCUGGACAGGAAGAUUCUGGCGGGCGUGUCCAAAAUUGGCUGGUCCGCGCCCAAAGGCACCAUCGACGCCUACUGCAAAGAAGCCCUCAGGCAGUGCAAGGAUAGUGCGGCAACGGUGGCAGAGUGGCGGGCCGGGCAGGCCAGGAUCGCAGCCGGCUGCCAGGCUCUGUCAGAGGUGAUGUUCUUGGCAGUGGAGGGGAAACGGGUGUACGCAGAGGGCGCCUUUGUGCAACACCAGACAGAGCACAUGACGCAGGCUUGCGAGGCCCUGGAGAGGCACCAUGGUGACGUUGCGAGUGGGGUGGGCGCCCUUCAGCCCUGCUUUGCUGCCGACUCUGCCGAAGUGCAGAGAGAAUGGCUUCGCCACACGGAAAAGGUCGAUGAAAAGGUGGAGGAAGCCCUGCGCGCAGCCGUGAGGCGUUCCCUGGCAAAGCUGACGCGCCUGCUACUGGGCGACAAGAAGGUGGAAGUGCAGCCUCUGUUCGGCGUUCGGCUCAGCUUGGAGAAGAGCGGCCGCGUCGAACUGCGCCCGGAUGUGCAGGAGGUGUUUGCCAUGGUCAAGCAUGUGAUCGGCGAGGCGAUAGAAGUGACUGCAUGCGUUCACCGCAUCGCGCUGCCUGCUUCAGAACCCAACGCCGCAGCGAAAGAUGCCGAGGAGGGCGGUGCAGAUAUUACCCCACAGGCGAAGCCGAGCUUCUUCGAGGGUGUGCGCGCCGAUCGCGAAGGGGGUCAACGAACCGAACAGGCGCUGAGUCAGAGCAUGCCCAGCGUGGUGGACCGCGCUCAGACGCUGUUGCUGUACUGGGAGAAGAAAUAUAAGCAGCUGUGGGACCAGGACAAGGACGCCUUCAUGAGGCGAUACGAGAAGGCGCAGAAGCCGUUGGAGGCGUUUGAGGCUGACAUCAGGCGCCACCGUGACAUCAUUGAUGACAUCAUGUCCGAGAGCGCCAGCGAGGCGAUCAGAUUCCUGCAUGUCGACUGCGCCCCUCUCAAACAGGCAAGGGCGCUGGUGGCGCACUGCGAGGCCUGGAUAGGCAAGUUUACUAAUCUGCUGACUAACCUAGCCACGCGCGAGCUGGCGGAGCUGCAGGAGCACCUGCGCGCCAGCUCAGCCGCGCUGACUCAGCUCGCCACAUGA